AUGGCUCACAAGGCACAAAUCAGCAUCCCGAUGUCGGAGGCCAAUACAAACGGUGUCCCGAGCAGGAAGCGGUCGUCCCAAGAUGUGUCAAGAGCCACGGUUGUGACUUUCCACAACAUCUGCUACACAGUGAAGACCAAGAGUGGCUUUGUGUGCUGUCGAAAAACAGUUGACAAAGAUAUUUUGAGAGAUAUCAAUGGGAUAAUGAGGCCAGGACUGAACGCAAUUCUUGGACCAACAGGCAGUGGAAAAUCUUCGCUACUAGAUAUUUUAGCUGCGAGGAAAGAUCCUCAUGGGUUGAAUGGAAAUGUUCUAAUCAAUGGAGCUCCUCAGCCUGCCAAUUUUAAAUGCAUCUCUGGGUAUGUGGUACAGGAUGAUGUAGUGAUGGGAACGCUGACUGUGAGAGAGAACUUUCAGUUCUCAGCAGCCCUCCGACUUCCAAAGACUGUGAGCACUCAUGAAAAGGAGGCGAGGAUUGAUCAGAUCCUCGGAGAACUGGGCUUGAUGAAAGUGGCAGAUUCAAAGGUUGGAACCCAGUUCAUCCGUGGCAUAUCAGGGGGAGAGAGGAAAAGGACCAAUAUUGGGAUGGAACUCAUCACCGACCCUGCAGUCUUGUUCUUGGAUGAACCAACCACUGGGCUGGAUGCCAGCACAGCCAAUGCUGUUCUGCUGCUCUUGAAGAGGAUGUCCAGGCAGGGAAAAACAAUCAUCUUUUCAAUCCACCAACCUCGCUAUUCCAUCUUCAGACUGUUUGAUAACUUGACCUUACUGGCUGCAGGAAGAAUGCUGUAUCACGGACCUGCCCAGAAUGCCAUCGAGUAUUUCAGAUCCAUCGGUUAUGAGUGUGAACCAUACAACAACCCUGCUGAUUUCUUUCUGGAUGUCAUUAAUGGAGACUCGACAGCUGUGGCUUUGAACAAGACUGAAAUAGACAUAGACAGUGUCGAAGAACACAUCAGCCGUGACAGGACGCUGGCAGAGAGACUAGCAGAGGAGUAUUCCAAUUCUGCUUAUUACCAAGAAACCAAAGCAGAAUUAGAGAAGCUGUCACUGGGGAGCCAACGCAAGACUGUUGCUUUCAGACAAAUUACGUAUUCCACAUCCUUCUUCCACCAGCUCAAAUGGGUCUCCAAACGCACCUUCAAAAACCUGAUAGGCAACCCACAAGCCUCCAUAGCACAGCUGUGUGUGACCAUUUUCCUGGGAUUGGUCGUAGGCGCCAUAUUCUUUGGGGUGAAAAAUGAUGCUAGCGGCUUGCAGAACAGAAUUGGUGCCAUGUUCUUUGUGACCACCAACCAGUGUUUCAGCAGCAUCUCUGCCAUUGAACUCUUUGUUGUGGAGAAAAAGAUAUUUAUACACGAAUACAUCAGUGGGUAUUACAGAACGUCUGCAUAUUUCUUCUCAAAGCUAAUGGCUGACUUGAUACCCAUGAGGACUAUACCAAGCAUCAUUUUCACAUGCAUAAUUUACUUCAUGUUAGGUUUCAAGCAAACAGUAGAGGCGUUCUUCAUCAUGAUGUUCACCCUAAUGAUGGUGUCUUAUACAGCCACAUCGAUGGCACUGGCUAUCGCCACGGGGCAGAGUGUGGUAGCUGUUGCUAACCUGCUCAUGACCAUCGCAUUUGUCUUUAUGAUUAUUUUUUCUGGCUUGUUGGUCAAUCUCACCAGUAUUCUGCCUUGGCUCGCCUGGCUCCAGUACUUUAGCAUUCCUCGCUACGGAAUGGCGUUUCUGAAGGCGGGGGCAACUGAAACAGGGCCUCCAACGAUGACCAGAGUGAGCGGCUGCACUGGAGAGCAAUAUCUGGAGAGCCAGGGGAUCGAUGCGACGUCAUGGGGCCUCUGGCAGAACCACCUUGCGCUGGCUUGCAUGAUCGUCAUCUUCCUUACAAUUGCGUACUUGAAGUUGCGUUUCAUGAAGAAAUUUUCUUAA